AUGCAGCAUUCUAAUGUUGGCUCAUACAGUUCUAACAGUAGCUCUUUCACUCGUGCUCAGAUUGAGCAACUGCUAAAUCUCUUGCCCAAAACAUCCAAAGGGGCUACUUUAGAGACUGAUGAGGACUUGGAUCCUACAAAACUUGUUGGUAAACUGAUCUACCUUUCUAUCACUCGCCCUGAUAUUGCCUUCACAGUACAUUUCCUUAGCAAAUUUAUGCACAAACCCACUGCUACUCAUUAUCAAGCAGCUCUCAGAGUGUUGAGAUAUCUCAAAGGCUCUUCUUCUCAAGGCAUCUUGCUUGAACAUCAAUCUGCAGCUCAGCUCAAAACAUUUUGUGAUAGUGACUGGACUGGUUGUCCUACCACUAGAAAGUCCACUACUGGUUUCUGCAUACUUUUGGGCACCUCUCCUAUUUCUUGA